AGGAUUGACCAUUCCCCCACCCAGCUAUGGACGCCAUGUUUGUGAUGGGCCUGGCUUUGGUCAUCACGGGCAUCUGUGUCAAGGGGACAGCUGCGAGCUGUAGUCCUGGUGACUACAGAGUCGUCGACCUGUCUCACAAUCUGGACAGAAACUCUCUCUCGUUUCCUUUUAACGUCUCGUUCGAGUUGUCCAUCCUGUUCAGGGGACUUGAACCCGAAGGCUACUGGUGAGUCCUUAAAUAACAACAUUUGUUUUAAGGAUUUUACCGAUUUGUUCAGCCAAAGCAUAUGAUCAUGAAUAUAUUAUUUUGUAUUUUAUUGUUUUUCAAUUUAUUGAUGAGAUGUGAUUUUUGUUUAAAUUUAUGGCACUGACGCAUGUAUUAUAAUAAAUUGAUGAACUGAAAUUUAUGAAACUUACAUCCCUCAACACAUUUCACGUGUGUCAACAAACUUAGGAGUAUCGUGCAACGUCAAUUCAAUGACGGCUCUGAACACAUUUUGUGAUACACAAAACAAACGGCUUUUCGUCCGUUUUUGUAAUAUUGUCUUUUACAGAUAAGUAAAACAAUAAGAAAUACCACCUCCCCCCCCCCCAAGCUGAAUUUGAAUUAAUGUUCCUAUAAAGCAGUGGUUCUCAACCUUUCUAAUGUAGCGACCCUUUAAGACAGUUCCUCAUGUUGUGGCAAACCCCCCAAACACAAAAUUAUUUUCGUUGCCUCUUCAUAACUGUAGAGUAUAUCUGUUGUCCAAUGGUCUUAAGCGACCCUUGUGAAAGGUUCGUUCGACCCCCCAAAGGUUGAGAACCGCUGCUUUCAAGCAAGCAGCCCAAAAAAAGUCGAUACAUUCAUGGUAUAGUGCCUCUUGCUGUUGUUUUUGUUUUUUUGCACCUCUGCCUGAACAUGAGUAGCAAGAACUGCAAUAAUGUUUCCGUUACGGUGUUACUCUACACCCAAAACACAUCAAGCAAGGCGGUCAUCCGCAUGAAAGCGUACACCUGGAACCUUGAUCUAGUAAGUAGCCCCCACCCACCACCCAACCUUUUUUUCGUUAUAGCCACAGUGAACAAUGUCAAGGGUCCAGGAUUCCAUUUCUUCCUCCUAGCCCCCCCCCCCACAGGGCUGAUGUGUGGCAGCAAGUCAAAAUAACCAGGAGGAGUUUGAAAUUUCGGAUGUAUUGAUUUAUUGCCUAAGUGGUCAAUACAUCCAAGAAUUGCCUAAAAUGUCAAGGGUCCAGGAUUCCAUUUCUUCCUCCUAGCCCCCCCCCCACAGGGCUGAUGUGUGGCAGCAAGUCAAAAUAACCAGGAGGAGUUUGAAAUUUCGGAUGUAUUGAUUUAUUGCCUAAGUGGUCAAUACAUCCAAGAAUUGCCUAAGUGCCCCGUUCAGUCCAACAAUCGCCUAGGUGUACUAAGCAACUGGCCUCUAAAUGUACAGAGAUUUUUAAACUAAUGUUUCCCAUGAUUACUCGGUGGCCAGAUAAGGCUGAGUCCAAUCCAUGACUCUGAGGUACGUUACAAUCGUCCAUUCAUAUAAUAAUAAUCAUUGGAACAAUCCAUUUCUAAUGUCUUAAAGGUUUGAGUUGAACAAGAUCUCAACACUAGAACACAUGGGCACUCACCUCGACGCACCUGGACACACCUUCAAAGGUAGUUGGAGAGUCCACCAGAUCCCCGUCGAUCGUCUCGUGGGACCGGGCGUGGUCAUCGAUGUCCGUGCCCAGGUGGCCAAAAACUCAGAUUACCGACUGAGGUGAGUACAAAAAAAAACAACAAAAAAAACAGUGUGAUUCCUCACAUUGGGCCUGAAGGUUUGCUGACGGAUUUGCGAUGGCUCUGCGAGCUACUUGUAUUUUAAUUGUAACUAAUCAUAAUUAACACGACGCAUUAAAAUGCACGUAAACUAAUUGGCGCGUGUGAAGAAUUUUAUAUAUUAUUGAAGUACAUAAUUUAAAAGGGGACGCUUUUGCAUAUUCUGAAAAUGCAACGCUGUUCCGAAAUGUGUCUUUUUCCCGUUAGUUCCUGACAGCCAUAUGACGGGGAAUUAUAUUAUUUGAAUUGAAAGGAUGAAUAAUAAUUAUUGAGAUGGAAACUUUAUACCAAGGGGAUCAUCAGUGAUAAAUCGAAUUUCAUUGAAAGAUUCAGCCGUGUGACAAUCUAAAACGAAAUGCAGAGCUAAUGAUCAAUUUUACAAAAUAGUUUCACCACGUUAUUUGCUAUCAGACAAGCUGAGAACGAAAUUCAAUAAUCCCAAGUAUUAUUUUAUCAGUGUCUGUUCCCCCCCCACCCCUCCCCGACACACGACGCUGAAAAACAGAUAUGUUUUUGGCAGGACAAUUAAGUAUAAUGUGAUUUGAUAAUGAAAAUCCAUUUGUUGUUUUUUUGGUGGUUUUUUUUUAAGAGCCGUGGUUUUGUUCUCGUUGCAGCGUCCUGGAUAUUGAGAGGUGGGAGAGGCUUUACGGAGCCAUCCCUAAUGGAGCCAUUGUUUUCAUGUGGUCCGGCUGGGAUGUCCGCUACCCGGAUAAGUUCUUGACGUUCAACAGCAUCACGCCGGGCAAUAUUUCAACGUUUCACUUUCCUGGUCAGUUGUUUAAACUGUGCUGUGCAUAGCCCAAGGAUAUUGAAAUGAACGGUCUAAGAGAAGCGAUAUCAUACAGAUAUAACACACUCGAUGGUUUCAAUUUCUCACCAACAGUUUCAAUGUGCGGGUCUCAGUGCAUAUUGGCGAGGAAGAAAACGCUGACAGGCUAUAUGCAACAACCAUCUCUCUCUCUCUCUCUCUCUCUCUCUCUCUCUCUCUCUCUCUCUCUCUCUCUCUCUCUCUCUCUCUCUCUCUCCCUCUCUGUCUGUCUUUCUUUCUUUCUCGCUCACACACACACAUACUAAAACACACAGUGUGUGUAUCAAUCAUUCUUUUUCAUUAUCUCUCCCACUCUCUCUAGAUCUAUCUGUCUAUCUGUCUGUCCCUCUAUGUGGACCCAUUGUUUCUGCCUCUACUUGCACCCCCCUCCCCUAGCUCCUGCUGUCUAUCUCCAACUCAUUUUUAUAUUUUCUCUUUCAUAGCUCUCUCUUUCCCUCUCUCACUCACUCUCUCUCUCUCUUUCUGUGUGUGUGUGUGUAUUUCUCGCUCUCUUCUUCUCACCUUAUGUUUGAAGCUAGAGAAAGAUUAUCCAUCUUAUCAAUAGCCCCCAUUGCUCCAUUUAAGACAUGCACGUAUACUUCAAACGUAUCACUAUGUCCCCAGGCUUCCACCCCGAUGCCGUCAGGUGGCUGCUCCGGUACAGGAACAUCAGCAUGAUCGGCGUGGACACCCCGUCCACGGACUACGGGCAGUCCAAGAACUUGGAAGUCCAUCAGCUCACUGGGGGCGCCAAUGUCAUGGGCCUGGAGAACGUCAACAACCUCUGCCAGGUGCCGCCCUCCGGCGCCACGAUCGUGGUUCCGCCCAUGAAGGUCUUCGACGGCAGUGGCGUGCCUGUGCGCAUCCUGGCGCUGGUUGAUAAGGCCGGGCAACCAUCUCGCAGAUGUCCAGAUUGUACCCUCGGAGGUAGACGCCCAUAUCCGUAUUAGUGCGAAAUGGGCUGUACAAUAACUGAUCAAUGCCUAUACACUAUUGAUAUCUAAUCAAUGUCUAUACACUAUUGAUAUCUAAUUAAUGUCUAUUCGCUAUUGAUAUCUAUACUUAAUGUCCGUACUCUAUUGAUAUUAAUCAAUGUCUAUACAUUAUUGAUAUCUAUAGUCAUUGUCAAUACACUAUUGAUAUCUAAUCAAUUUCUAUACACUCUUGAUAUCUAAUCAAUGUCUGUUCACUAAUGAUGUCUAAUUAAUGUCUAUACACUAUUGAUGUCUAAUCAACAUCUUUACAUUAUUGAUAGCUAAUCCAUACACAUACAAUAUUGCAAUCUACUCAACUGCUAUACAAUACCGAUGUCUAAUAUCUUCACGAUAUUGAAACCUAAUCUAUGCGCAUAUGGUAGGGACACCCUGUCCGUGUCCGUGCAAAGGUGAGCAGCUCUGUGGUGAAUCUUUUAGGCAUACAAUAAAGAUACUCCGAUGGCUU